GGUGCUUGCAAUGUCAGGAUUUGACAACUUCAACACAGACUUCUACCAGUCUAGCUAUAGUGUAGAUGAACAAAACCAAGGAGGAUAUGCCUACAACAACACAGAGGACCCGUACAACAAGCCAUAUGGUCAAUAUGACUAUUCACAGCCUAUGGGAUACUCAGCACCCCCAGGGAUGAUGCAGCCACAGCAGCCCUACACAGGCCAGAUCUACCAGCCCACGCCUGCCUUUACACCCGCCUCCUCACAGUCCAUGUACAGCAGCACCUUCGAGGAUGAGCCACCACUAUUGGAGGAGUUGGGAAUCAACUUUGACCACAUUUGGCAGAAGACCCUAACGGUGCUGCACCCACUGAAGGCAGCAGAUGGCAGCAUAAUGAACGAAACAGAUCUGGCUGGACCAAUGGUGUUCUGCCUGGCCUUUGGGGCCACGCUACUGCUUACGGGAAAGAUCCAGUUUGGCUAUGUGUAUGGGAUCAGUGCCAUCGGUUGCCUGGGCAUGUACUGCCUCCUUAAUCUCAUGAGCAUGACGGGCGUCUCUUUUGGCUGUGUGGCCAGUGUCCUGGGCUACUGCCUGUUACCCAUGAUCCUCCUCUCCAGCUUCGGUGUCCUCUUCUCCUUACAAGGCAUGUUGGGUAUCGUUUUAACAGCCGCGAUCAUCGGCUGGUGCAGCUUCUCUGCUUCCAAGAUCUUCAUCUCUGCUUUAGCUAUGGACGGUCAACAGCUGCUGGUCGCAUACCCCUGUGCUCUGCUCUACGGAGUCUUUGCCCUCAUUUCUGUAUUCUGAACUCUACUAAACUUACUCUACAGGACACAAUGGCCCGCCAACACGUACUUUUACUCAAGGACCACUUGGUUAUGAAGUGCAUCAACAAAGCCGCAAUUCAGCCAAGUCGAAAACCUCCCCAUGUAACGCAUUCCAUAUUUAACAUCUGCACAAAGGCAUUGACCGCUCUUUUUUUUUUUUUUUUUUUUUUUUCCUUUGUUUUUCAGCCCCACCAACUUUAAAGACUGCCCAGUAGAAAAGCAACAUUAUCUAAACAUUAUAAUGAUUGCUUUAUUUGUUUGUAUUUGUUUUGCUUUAUUUCUUUUUGCUUGAAACGGGUAAGAAAACAAAAUUAAAUGUUCCUAGCACAGCCAGAAUUUAAAACUGAGGUAUGGACAAAGAAUAGUGGAGUGCACAAUCAACACACCUCAGUCCUCUGCCUCGUAAUACGUGCUUUUUGUGUUGCGUUCUGUCAUUAAAGAAAAUCGCGUCUCGCUUUCAGCAAGUGUUCGCAUGAUGAGUCUUUCCUGACUCAAAAUCCACUGCAUAUGCAUUGAUUGUUCAGCGUGUUAGUUCAGAGGCUGUAGCCAGUACAGAGAGCCGAGCAUGUGAUUAGGAUCACGUACACAGUGGCUGCACAGUGGUUCACCCCCUUACAUGUUCAUGUGAAAUAGUACACUUGGGGGCUUUUUUUAUUGUAAACAACGAAUGUCAUAUUUUACACAUGACCUGCAGAUAAAAGGUGUUGAAAUGCAAGAUGCCUCUUGGUAAUUCAAAUGACCUUUCAGUCCCUUCUUAUCAGUACCCAACUUCAUCUGUAUUGGAAGAAUUUGCAUCUGAAAGCAGGGCAUAAGAUCUCUUUGUUUACUAAUGUUCUUGAACCUAAUUGCCAUGAUGUUUUUGCAUUUGUUCAUCUAUUAAGAUAGAAGUGGGGACAUGGUACAGAUGAUCAAGAGCUGUUUGGUCAAGUAUCAGUUUGUUCAGUCCCUGUAAAAACUGAGUAAUGCAUAGUUAGGAAGAGCUUUUUUCCUUCGCUCUUAGUUCUGAAUAUUGUAAGAACAGGGCAUCGUUGUACUGCAGAAGUCAGGGAGCCAAAGCCACGCUCUGUAUCUGCCCGCUAUAUUUAUACACAGUGUAAUUUGUUUUUGUACAUACAGAGAGGUCAAGUGGUUUAUAUCUAUCUUGUCUUGUGGAAAGUCAGUGAUUGGUUGGUUGGGUGUUCCACUUGUGUUGUUUCACGGGCCAUUUUACCAAAAUAAACGGACAAGUUUUGGUUGCA